CUUCUUGGGGGUACUGGGAGCCGGGAAGACCCCCUGAAUCGUUCCCAUUGAGCUGCCCUUCGCCUUCGCUUUCUUUACUUUUGCCUUUUCGACGUAGCCAACAAGCACCUGGUCCCGAGGCUGAGAGAAGGCCCGGGUCUAAGCGCGUGUCGCGCUUCCGGUCUGGGUAGAUUUGCUGGGGAAGAGGGAAGGGGGAGGGCCCGGGCAAACCGUUGCUGUUUCAGCCCGGGCCGGGGUCCGGGGACGGGGAGCUCCUGGCACCCAGUGCACUUGUGGCCUGCGGCGGUCCCUGCAGAGCUGUUCGCCGACCGGGGCCCGCGGGAACCUGCCACCGGCGCCUCCCACCGCGGCCCACGCGGGCGGCGCGCGGAGGAGGGGGCGGGGGCAGCGGCGGCUGUUGCGGCCGCGACCUGGGCGGGCGGAGGAGUGUGACGGGCCUUAGGGCCGCUGUGGAUGGUUUCUAAAAUGAUCAUUGAAAACUUCGAGGCACUCAAGUCCUGGCUCAGCAAGACUCUCGAGCCCAUCUGUGAUGCAGAUCCAUCCGCCCUAGCAAAAUAUGUUCUGGCUUUGGUGAAGAAAGACAAAAGUGAAAAAGAGUUAAAGGCAUUAUGUAUUGAUCAGCUGGAUGUAUUUCUUCAGAAAGAGACACAGAUAUUUGUGGAAAAACUUUUUGAUGCUGUGAAUACAAAGAGUUACCUACCUCCUCCAGAGCAGCCAUCAUCAGGAAGCCUGAAGGUAGAAUUUUUUCCACACCAAGAAAAAGAUAUAAAGAAGGAAGAGAUCACUAAGGAGGAAGAGCGAGAGAAGAAGUUUUCUAGAAGGCUAAAUCACAGUCCUCCCCAGUCAAGCUCCCGAUACAGGGAAAAUAGAAGCCGUGAUGAGAGGAAAAAAGAUGAUCGUUCUCGCAAAAGAGAUUAUGAUCGAAACCCUCCUCGAAGAGAUUCAUACAGAGACCGGUACAAUAGAAGACGAGGGCGCAGUCGCAGUUAUAGCAGGAGUCGGAGUCGAAGUUGGAGUAAAGAGAGGCUUCGUGAGAGGGACAGAGAUAGAAGCAGGACUAGAAGCAGAAGCAGAACACGAAGCAGGGAAAGGGAUCUGGUAAAACCUAAAUAUGACCUGGAUAGAACAGAUCCAUUAGAAAAUAAUUAUACUCCAGUCUCUUCGGUACCUAGUAUUUCAUCUGGCCACUACCCUGUACCUACUUUGAGCAGCACUAUUACAGUAAUUGCUCCUACUCAUCAUGGAAACAAUACUACCGAAAGUUGGUCUGAAUUUCAUGAAGACCAAGUGGACCAUAACUCUUACGUAAGACCACCCAUGCCAAAGAAACGGUGUAGAGACUAUGAUGAAAAGGGUUUUUGUAUGAGAGGAGACAUGUGUCCUUUUGAUCAUGGAAGUGAUCCAGUAGUUGUAGAAGAUGUGAAUCUUCCUGGUAUGCUGCCUUUCCCAGCACAGCCUCCUGUUGUUGAAGGACCACCUCCUCCUGGACUCCCCCCACCUCCACCAAUUCUUACACCCCCACCUGUGAAUCUCAGGCCCCCAGUGCCACCUCCAGGUCCAUUGCCACCCAGUCUCCCACCUGUUACAGAUGAUAUUUCUUAUUCUUUGGUUUUGACAGGACCACCACCUCCACUUCCUCCUUUGCAGCCAUCUGGCAUGGAUGCUCCUCCAAACUCUGCAACCAGUUCUGUUCCUACUGUAGUAACAACUGGCAUUCAUCACCAGCCUCCUCCUGCUCCACCCUCUCUUUUUACUGCAGAUACAUAUGACACAGAUGGCUACAAUCCUGAAGCCCCAAGCAUAACAAACACUUCCAGACCUAUGUAUAGACACAGAGUGCAUGCACAAAGGCCCAACUUGAUAGGACUAACAUCAGGGGAUAUGGAUUUGCCACCCAGAGAAAAGCCUCCCAAUAAAAGCAGUAUGAGGAUAGUAGUGGACUCAGAAUCAAGGAAAAGAACUAUUGGUUCUGGAGAGCCUGGAGUUCCUACAAAGAAGACUUGGUUUGAUAAACCAAAUUUUAAUAGAACAAACAGCCCAGGCUUUCAGAAGAAGGUUCAAUUUGGAAAUGAAAAUACCAAACUUGAACUUAGGAAAGUUCCUCCAGAAUUAAAUAAUAUCAGCAAACUUAAUGAACAUUUUAGUCGAUUUGGAACCUUGGUUAACUUACAGGUUGCUUAUAAUGGUGAUCCUGAAGGUGCCCUUAUCCAAUUUGCAACAUACGAAGAAGCAAAGAAAGCAAUAUCAAGUACGGAAGCAGUAUUAAACAAUCGCUUUAUUAAGGUUUAUUGGCACAGAGAAGGAAGCACCCAACAGUUACAAACUACUUCUCCAAAGGUAAUGCAGCCUUUAGUCCAGCAGCCCAUUUUGCCUGUUGUGAAGCAGUCAGUCAAAGAGCGGCUGGGUCCAGUACCUUCAAGUACUAUUGAACCUGCAGAAGCCCAGAGUGCCACUUCAGACCUUCCUCAGGUGUUGUCUACAUCUACUGGCCUAACAAAAACAGUGUAUAAUCCAGCUGCUUUGAAGGCUGCACAAAAAACCUUACUUGUUUCCACCUCUGCAGUUGAUAAUAAUGAAGCACAGAAAAAAAAACAGGAGGCAUUGAAACUUCAGCAGGAUGUAAGGAAAAGGAAACAAGAAAUUUUAGAAAAGCACAUUGAAACACAGAAGAUGUUAAUUUCAAAACUGGAGAAAAACAAAACAAUGAAGUCUGAAGAUAAAGCAGAAAUAAUGAAAACUUUAGAAGUUUUGACAAAAAAUAUUACCAAGUUGAAAGAUGAGGUCAAAGCUGCUUCUCCUGGACGCUGUCUUCCAAAAAGUGUAAAAACCAAGACUCAGAUGCAGAAGGAAUUACUUGACACAGAACUGGAUUUAUAUAAGAAGAUGCAGGCUGGAGAAGAAGUCACUGAACUUAGGAGAAAGUAUACAGAAUUACAGCUGGAAGCUGCCAAACGAGGGAUUCUUUCAUCUGGUCGGGGCAGAGGAAUUCAUUCAAGAGGUCGAGGUGCAGUUCAUGGCCGAGGCAGGGGGCGAGGGCGAGGGCGAGGUGUGCCUGGUCAUGCUGUGGUGGAUCACCGUCCCAGGGCAUUGGAGAUUUCUGCAUUUACAGAGAGCGAUAGAGAAGAUCUUCUUCCUCAUUUUGCGCAAUAUGGUGAAAUUGAAGAUUGUCAGAUUGAUGAUUCUUCACUUCAUGCAGUAAUUACAUUCAAGACAAGAGCAGAAGCUGAAGCAGCUGCAGUUCAUGGAGCUCGUUUCAAAGGGCAAGAUCUAAAACUGGCAUGGAAUAAACCAGUAACUAAUAUUUCAGCUGUUGAAACAGAAGAAGUUGAGCCUGAUGAAGAAGAACAGAGAGAGAUCAUCAUUGCCUGAAUUUAGCUUUGUGACUGCAAGAGCAAGACCAUUUCCUGUCUGGAGACGACUGUUACAAUAUCAUCUUAUUUUAUGUUCACUCUUUAUCAAUUUGAACAGAUGUUUACAUGUACUAUAAUUAGCAUUUUAUCUCUACAGAUCUCUAAGAGUACAUCUGAGUCCAAAGUGUAUCUGAAUGUGUGCUCUGACCUUAUUCUUAAAUGUUUUCUCCCCGUACUUUAUAGCCAUUUAUUUUUUAAACACCUUAAGAAGGAACGGAAAAGUUCUCUUGGAUGACGUAUAUUCAGUCUGAGCCAAAUUGAGGAUUGUGUCUAGGAAAUCUGUAAAGCCAUACUACUGUGUUCAUUAGCAUGAGCAAUUUAAAAUGAAAAUGAAUUAAAAAGUUAAACACGAGUUUGGUUUUAAUUUUGGGGGGAUCUUAAGAUAUAUUUCUGGGAGUAGGAUAGCCACUUAAAAUAAUUUUGAAUAGAUGAUAAAGUACUUUUUUAUGUACUGUAAUAGCUUGUGCAUUUCUUCUGAAUAUACUUUCUGAUGUUGCCAAGGUCAUUUACCCAAAUAUUUUUAAAAAAUUUCUUAGCUCUUCAAAGCCAACAAAGAAAAUAAUUUUCUUCCAAGUGACAAAUGAUGAUCUGUGGAUUAUAAAUAUUUUAAAAAUUAUAUGUCUUAACAUAAUUUUUUCACAUUUUUUUGACUUUCAAUCAAGACAUCGAAGACGACCUUUAAAGCAAGAGGAAAUAGUGUUGUGUGCCUAACAUUGGUGAAGACUAGUUUUUAACUAUUUUAAGAAGUGUAUGUCCAAAUUAUUUAUAAGCAGUAUGGCUUAAUAUGGCUUAGAAUUACUUAUAAAGAAUAUGAUUAAAUCUCAUCCUAAAUAUGUACCCACAAUAUCCUUUUUAUAAUGGGCACUAUAAGAAAUGUUUGCACUUAGUUUCUGGGUAUUCCUUCAUAGAUUCUCAGGAGGCAUUUAAAAAGUUGGAAGCUAUACUUGGUAGUAACUAUAUUAGAAAAGUCCAGUUUACACUGAUUUUUAUUCACCCUUGUUUUUAUUUUUAUCCAGCCAUACUACCUUUAUCACUUUUUUUUUUUUUGGUACAAAGCUGAAUAUUCUGCAAACUUUUUUUUUCUCCUUGAGUAUGCAUUGCAUUUGUCAUGAAAAAUAAGAAUGUAAUAAACACAUCAGUCAUCAUGUAAAUUAACUGUUUUGAUCCACAUUGGUUGGACACAGCAUGGUUAAUUCUAGGCUUGGUUAAAAAUACAUAAUUUGGAAAGUCUUCUAAUAUUUUAAGGACCUAGUAGUUUACAAGGCUUUUUUGUUGUUGUUGUUAGACUUUUGGUUCACAUUUGCAAACUAGCCACAAGGUAUUCAUAAAUAUUUUCCCAAAUUAGUUGAGUAUUUUUAAUUGUAAGCAAAGAAUUUUCUACCCGUACUACAGUGGUUUACUGCUAGGGUAAAGACCAUUUUCUGAAGACACUAAACUUGGUGUUAACAGUGUUGAUUGUUUAAUGGAUAUGGACCACAUACCACUACCUGCAACUUUGUCAUCCUGGAGUUUUGGUUUGGUUUGGUUUGAUUUUUCAUUUUUCGCUUUUAAAAUUAAAAACAAAGCAAAACAAAAUUGAAGAUACCAUUGAGAAUCAGAAUUCAAGAUGACUUGAUUCUCACUAAGAUCACUGCGCUUUUUGAAAAUUGCUUUGAGAUCUAGUCAGUUACAUAUUUAAAAUCUCCAUGUUGGUUAAUUAAACAUAAGGUUUUCAUCAUUUUAUUUUCCUAAAUAGGAUUCUCAUGGAGCUAUUGUAGAUAACUGUACAGAAUCACUUUUGUGUAAUUGAAUGAAGCAGUUUCCUCUGCAUGAUUGCAUAAUGAAAGCCUUUUGUAUAUCUUUAUAUUUUUCAAUAUACUUAGAUUUUACACUAUUAAGCUGCUCUAGUCAUGCUAUAUUUGUUUUUUUAAUAGAGUUUAUAACUGCUCAAAAUACAGAUCAACUGAAUAUUUUUGGUCUUGUUUACAAGAUAAAUCAUACUUUAAAAUGAUACAGGCCCCUCAAGUGUCUUAGGAAAAAGUCAUUGGUGCUAUAAAACCUUUCAGUAUCAUUUUUGAACCCAUUGUUCAGACUUUGCUAGGUUUUAAUCUGAUUGCUUGUGAUUUAUUAUAACGUAGCAGCAUAAUUAUAAAAGUGGUCUGUGCUGAGUCAGAUAAAGAGCCCAGCCCAUUAGAAACACAUCAUAAUUUAAGAAUGUGAUGCAGAAUGACCUUACACUUAUUUGUGCCCGUCUUCCCAAAAAGAAAAUUAUUUUGUUAAGAGGAAGGCAGUUAAUUUGGCUAGAAUCCAAAAACUCAUUCAGCAUGGCUGUUUUCCCUUAUUUCAAAUGAAAAACUUCUAAUACUAAAAUAUGUAAUCCUGCUUUGCUUUAAAUUCCCAUGUCCGUCACUCAACAGGAGGCAUAGUGAUUCUUAAAUAUUUACAGAACGUUUGGUGAGUUGUAAAGAGAUGUAUUAUUGCAUUGUAGGUUUUUGCAUUGAUGUGUCGAUUUUUUUGUUUUGUCCCCAAGAUUUCCUUCCAGCACCUUAAUGAAUGUUCAUAUGAUAGAAUGUUUAAAGUAUCAGCAAAGCAUUCAUGGAUGCCUGCUUUUCAUUCUCAGAAGGCUAAACCUGUUUUGGGUAUGAUGCUACUUCAGAACAUACUGUCUGGCACAAGAUUUCUUCUAAUAAGUGGUUUAUUUUAACUCAAUUUCUGUGGACUGUUGAAUUGAAAAACACCAAAGGAGUUUUCUUGUCUGGAGACUGGAUUGUUCCAGUUUUAAAUACCUGUGCCCAUAAGUAUCCCAUUUCAUGAAUGUGUGUUGGCAUGGGGAAAAAAUUUCCCUGCUCUUUGAGUGGAGCGAAAGCAAUUGGUUAAGCUGUAGCAGCUUUUUUGUUUAUUUUUUUAAAGUAAUAAUAAAACUUGAACUGAAAAAAGAUAAAACUUGAACUAGAAAACUACUCUUAUAUGCUUAGAAUGUUUAUAGUAUUAAAUGUUUAUGUGGGGUUGUCAACAUUUUUAUUAUUUAUAGUUGAAUUAUGUUUUGUUAAAUCCAUAUUGUUUAUUAUUUUUAUAUUUUGAAAAUUUUUAAAAUAAAAGCCUUACUGAAAACAGUC